AUGCUGGAAUGGAAUUCGGACUCGGAAAUGCUCGCCUACGGAAUUAUCUACCUCAGCCUAUCGGCCUCGCAAAUCCCAAUGUUCUGUCUGGUAAUCUUGGUAAGAUCCGUCCGAGUCUGUCACAAAACAUGUCAUAGUUUCAGGCGGUUCACAUGAAACAUCGUCAAAAACCAGGUCUCACGUACAAGUUGAUGAAUUUGACGCUAAUGUUCCAAUUCGCUCAAACUCUCGGUCACUUCAUCACCUCCCCCCUUCUUCUAUUUCCAGAGUUUCAAAGAUUCACAGUUAUUAUCGGAGUAGGUGCAUGAGACAAUGUAACUUCUUCUUUUUUUCUCUGCCAGAUAAUCGGCGCCUUCAUGUUUUCGUGCUACGACGCCGAACUGCCCACAAUGGCGCUUCUGGCGGUGUGUCGAGUUUUCACCUUUGCAAAAAUUAUCAAACCGGGCCAGACUCCGCUGGUUGUGAAGGUGAGUAGCAGAGUGGAGCGGAAGAACUCAACGGAAUAAUUUUUAUGUUUUUUAGAAAAAAUUUUCAUGGAAUGUGAUCAACUGAUGAAAUGUAUAGCAAAGUGAACUGUGCUCAUAGAAAAAUAAUUGUAAAUUUAGCUUUACAUACAAAAAAGUUAUUCGAGUUGUUGCGUGAAAAAAGGGCUAACGGGGAAGACGGAAGAAACUCGAAUAACUUUUUUGUAUGAAAAGCUAAAUUUACAAUUAUUUUUCUAUGAGCACAGUUCACUUUGCUAUACAUUUCGUCAAUUGAUCACAUUUCAUGAAAAAAUUUUCUAAAAAAGAUAAAAAUUCUACAGUGUUCUUCCGUUGAGUUCUUCAACUCUGGCCACGGCGACCAAAAGUGUAGAAGGGGCGUGGCCUAAUCUGAGACGCGUUUUCUGAAAAUUGCCGCAAUUCCAGCACACUUUUCCGAUAUUUUUGUGUUUGAUAUCGACGAAAGAAGAGACAUUAAAGAGAGAAAACAUUGAAAUUUUCAUGAAAACGCCGCGUUUGAGACGUUUUUGGCAUAUUUCGUUGCCAUUCGCCGCCGCAAUUUCGGAAUUUUCAUACCGACCGAUCUGGCUGAUUUUGAGACGAAGUGAGUGUUUCGGAAGUGAUUAAGCACGUUAAUACAAGUAUUUUAAGCGCUCAAACGGCAAAAAGUGUCGGCGAAUGACUGAAAUUCGCGCAUUUUCAGCACAAAACUUGAAAAUCGAUUCAAUUGAUUUAUUUCUCAAUGAAACCUGCUCGUUUUUGGCCCAAAAAGUGCGCGCGAUGAUUAGUUUUCCAAAGUUAUGCAAUCGCAUCGUCGAAAUCGUACAAAAUUCGGGUAAUUUUUGACGAAAAACAUGAAAAAUGGGGUUAAAUUUCGAAAUUCGCGCCAAAAUGGUGAUAAACGCUAGGCCACGCCCCUUUCUACGUUUUUCGUCGCCGUGGGCCUGGUGAGUAGUAUUGAUCGUUACGACCAUACUAUAGUAAAGUUGUCGCGCAACGUUCAGGUGUUCCUGGUGUGCUUCUACUCGAUCCUCUCCUUCAUCUUCUUCCACUCUUCCGUCCACACCACCGUCACAUUCGCCAUUCCCGCGUGGCACUUUGUGCCGUUCCCCUACUCCCAUGUGCUUCGAGACUUCAACCUCUACCUCACACUGUUCUCGCUCGUCACCGCAUACACGUCCUACGUUACCAUCGUCUAUAUGAUAUGUGUGGUGAGUGAGAUCGUCGUCGUUCUGAAGGGCGCACAAAUUUUUUGAAGCGCAAGAGGGAUUCGAUGAGUGUGAAGAGCCGAAGAAACGAGAUGUCGAUAAUGGUGCAGUACACGAUAAUCGUCGGCUACACGACGGCCACAAUGAUAUUUUGGCGUAACGCCGAUCCGAAUAGUGUCGGCGAAGAAGCGGCGGUGAACAUCAGCUGGAUCACGAGCGCCUACAUGUAUCCCAUUCUCAUGUUCAUUUGCAAUAAGUUCGGAAUUUUACACUUUCAUUUCCACUUCAAUCAAUACUUUCCAUUUGCAGGUCAAUUCGUGACAAGUGCCUGCUGUUGUUGGGGCUACAAAACUGCAAAUUUUGCUGUGUGCUCUCGUCGACGACGGCACCGGACUCGAGACGUUUUUGA